AUGCUCCUUGUUCUCCUCAAGUUUGACGUCCUAGUCAACAACUACCGGGUAGAUGAGAAAAUUACCACCUACCUCAAUCUACUGGACAUCUACGUGUUUCCUGUUCUGAAUCCGGACGGUUUCAUAUAUUCUCGCUCAUCAACAAGGGCCACGCGUUGUUCUCGCGAACGUUAUAUCAAUCCAAAAAACCUCGGAUCAACAGGCCAGCUAGUCAACAACUACCGG